UUCUGUUCAGAUCAUUUUACUGUUGUAUUAAUUUAUCACAGUUAAUCACUAACUGAGCUGCAAAGUUUUCUGUUCACUAACUUUAAACUGACGGACAGACGAGCUUGAAACAGGUUUCCUGUUUUUACUUGAAGUGCAGUCAGAGCAUCGUGUCAGUCGGCGGUAAUUCCGCCAUUUCAGAGUCUAAAACAGAAUCAGGUUAAAAAAAACUCAUUAAAGUUUCAUUUACGGACAUUUAGAUUGAUCACUUUUAAAAGGAAACGAAAGUCUUUCCCGAGUUCAGCUUCAUCAGAAUUAAAACAUGUUUUAUAUUAAACCCUUUAUUUUAGGAACACACACAUACACACACACACACACUCUACAGUUGUCAGGACACUCAUUAACAUCAUUUAUUCUCUGAUCUCUAACAAACUUUAACCAGAACAACUAAAUGUCCAAACCUAAACUGAAGCUAAACCCAACUCUAAUCUAAACUAAAACUGAGUUUUAACCCUUUGAACCUUUUGGUCUUUGUUCUUUGAAGCAGUGACCAACAAAAUGUCCUCACAAAGACAGAAAGACAUAUAUUAGAAUAUAUAAAUGAGCUAUAAACUACUCUACAGUACAUGAAAUGGUAACAUUUAUGUUUAACACUGUACAUGGUCCCAAUAAAUACAUAAAUAAAUAAAUUACAUACAGUAAAAUAUUUACUGGCUAAAGAGUGAAAAACAAUUUGUUGCUCUUUAUGUUAUUUGAAUAUUCAAUACAUAUUAAUAUAUAUUAUGAUUUCAUUCUCAUGUUUUUCAUGUUUUUAGAUUUUAAAGAGCAAGAAAAUAAAAUCCUUCAAACUGUCAAACAUCACAGUUUUAAUCACUGGUUUGUUUAAUUAUGACCUCAUCUUUCCCAAACUGUAUCUUGAUGUUUUUAUUCUCGUCUCAAGAUGAUUGUGAUGUUGUUACGUUUCUUCAGCAGAACUCCUCAAAGAGAACACAGAGCACAAACUCUGACACCACUGAAUCAGUCUCUGAUGUUUCCAGCAGAGUAGAUUAUGGCGACUAAAGGAUCUGAUGAUGAUGAUUUAAAUGUCCAGGAGUGCAACAGGAGCAGCCCUGAACUCGAACAUCCUAAUUUCUCUGCACUGAGGAUUGUGCUGGUGGGGAAAAGUGAAGACAAAAAGAAAAAACUUAGUAACUUCAUCACUGAAGAUCAAGGUUUUCAUUUCCAAAACCAAACAAGAUUCCUUCAAUGUGUUGCGACGUGUGGAGAGUGGAGAGGAAAAUCAUUGACUAUAGUAAAAACUCCAGACAUCUUCAGUCAGUCUGAGCAGACAGCGAGAGGAGAUGUGAUGAGGUGCAUAAAUCUUUCCCCCCCUGGACCAAAUGUUCUGCUGCUGUUAGUGAAGCCUUCUCAGUUUAAUGAAAAGGACAAACAAAGACUGAAGUUCAUCCUGAGUUUGUUUGGUCGAGAUGCUUUUAAACACUCCAUGGUCAUCAUCACACACAAGGAGAAUGCAACAAGUUUCAAUGUGAAUCAGCUCAUUAAAGACUGUGGAGGAAGACAUUACAACAUGUUUGAAGAUGACCACAGACAGUUAAUGGAGGAGAUUGAGAACAUUGUUCAUCGAAACAAAGGAACCUUCCUCACCUUCACUGAAGAGACCAUUAAACCAGUUUUAAACCUGGUUCUGUGUGGGAGGAGAGGAGCAGGGAAGACUUCAGCAGUCAAGGCCAUUUUAGGUCAGACAGAGCUUCAUCCAGUCUCCAACUCAUCAGAGUGUGUUAAACAUCAGGGAGAGGUGUGUGGACGUCGGGUUUCCCUGGUGGAGCUGCCUGCCUUGUAUGGAAAACCUCAGGAGGCAGUGAUGGAGGAAUCAUUCAGGUGUAUCUUACUCUGUGAUCCUGAGGGCGUCCAUGCCUUCAUCCUGGUCCUACCUGUGGAUCCCCUCACUGAUGAAGACAAGGGAGAGUUAAAGACCAUUCAGAACACAUUCAGCUCUCCAGUCAAUGACUUCACCAUGAUUCUGUUCACUGUGGAGACAGAUCCUACAGCUCCAGCUGUUGAUGACUUUGUAGGAAAGAACAGAGACAUCCAGGAGCUCAUUCAGAGCUGUGGAGGAAGAUAUGUUGUUCUCAACAUCAAGAACAAGCAGCAGAUCUCUGAGAUGUUGGAUACUGUGGAGAAGAUGAGACAAUCUAAAAAUAAACCAUGUUGCUAUACAACAAACACCUUUGCACAUGCUCAGAUGGAAAAGAUCAACAUGCUACAGACUGAACUUACACAACUUCAAACAAAAAGCAUGAUCACCUGUGAUGAUGAGAAUCAGAGAUCAGAGAGUCUCAGGAUUGUGCUGCUGGGGAAGACUGGCAGUGGAAAGAGCUCUUCAGGAAACACCAUUCUGGGAAGAAAAGAGUUUAAAGCCGAAUCAAGUCAAACAUCAGUCACCAAACGUUGUCAGAAAGCACAGAGUGAAGUAGACGGUCGUCCUGUCGUUGUGGUCGACACUCCUGGUCUGUUUGACUCCACUUUGUCCCAUGAAGAGGUUAAUGAGGAGAUGGUGAAAUGCAUCAGUCUUCUGGCUCCAGGACCACAUGUCUUCCUGUUGGUGUUACAGAUUGGCAGAUUCACACCAGAAGAGAAGGAGACAUUAAAACUCAUCAAGAAAGUCUUUGGGAAGAAUUCAGAAAAAUUGAUCAUCAUUCUUUUAACUGGAGGAGACAAACUAAAGCGUGAGGAGAUGUCCAUUGAUGAUUACAUAGAGAAGAAAUGUGAUGAUUCCUUUAAGAAGCUGAUUGCUGACUGUGGAGGAAGAUACCAUGUGUUUAAUAACUGUGAUGAAGGAAACCACACACAAGUCAGUGAACUGAUAAAGAAGAUUGACUCCAUGGUGAAGAAAAAUGGCGGCAGCUGCUUCACCAAUGAGAUACUGCAAAAGGCCGAUGCAGCAAUAAAGAAGGAAGUGGAGAAGAUCCUGAAGGAGAAGGAAGAAGAGAUGAAGAGAGAGAGGGAGGAACUUGGAAAAAAACAUGAAGAAGAAAUGGAGGCAAUGAAAAGACGAAUAGAAAAACAGAGAACAGAAAUUGAACAGGAGAGAAAACUGAGAGAGAAACAACUUCAGGAGAAGGAGGAAAAGAUUCAGAAAGAAUGUGAAGAGAGAAAGAAAGAACAGGAAAAGAGAGAAGAAGAAGACAAGAAGAGGAAAAGAGAGGAAGAAAUUCAAAGACAGGAGUGGGAACGAAAACUUGCUGCUUUGGAGGAAAAGAUCAAGUUAGAGUUAGAAGAAAAAGAAAAAAUUAAUAAAGAGCUGAUGCAGAACAGAGAAGAGAUGAGAGAAGAACGAGAGGCCUGGGAGAAGAAACAAAAAGAAAUGUGGGAGAAACGAUAUCAAGAAGAUGAAGAGAGACGACAGGAGGAACAGAGAAGAUUAAAAAAGCUCCAAGAAGAAUAUGAGGAAGAAAGAGAAGAAUAUGAAAAUAAUAGAAAAGAAGAUCAAAUCAGAGGAGAACAGCAGAGAGCAGAAAUUGAACAGGAGAGAAAACUGAGAGAGAAACAACUUCAGGAGGAGGAGGAAAAGAUUCAGAAAGAACCCGACAUGUCAGUCAGUCUGGUGAAGGCAGUUUGGUCGGCUGCUUGA